AUGAGAAAGGUUGUUAGACUCCUGAUACACCUCCGUGUAUUUUCAUCAUGUUUAUCAGCUUCUAGGGCUAUUGGUGGCUCCGUCAAAUUUACCCGGCUUAACGAUCAGGAGGUUAUUUUCACGGACUCUCUUAAUGAUCAGAAGUCAGAAGCUUACCGCAAUCUGGAAAACCUUUGUAACAAAAUCCUCCACGAUGUUUUGAUGAACAUCGUGAACACACAAAACAAUGAGUGGGAUGUUGUAAUUACUGGAUUCUCGUCGGGCAGCGUCGUUGUUGAUUUUGAAGUCAUGGUCUUCGACUCCGAUAGGGCUAAGCUGAAAGACCAAGCAGCAGCAGUAGAGACGUCCCUGGGACUUCAACAGCCUGGCAUUUGGCAAACUGCGGAUGGUUCUGUCAGUCUCAACGUGGAAUCCAUUGUUGCUUUCGGUGAAAUUUGCCUUACUAAACCAUGUUCAAAUGGGAUGUGUGUUACGUCGCCCGGAGACAUAGAUUACAGAUGUAUUUGCCAUUAUGGAUAUAUGGGGCAACAUUGUGAAAAAGAACCAGGUGGACUGUCGACUGGGUUAUCAUUGGUAUCGUGGUUGGAAUAG